AUGGUCAACCAAAAGAAUCCUCCGCAGAAUAUUUCUUCAUGCACAAGGAAGGCAAUGCCGCUUUCAGACGCAUCCAUCGGCAACCUCGAGAGGUUGUCGAAGUUUGCUGAUGCCAGCUACAUCAAGGAGAGCGGCCACAAAGAUUCCAUCAAGAAGCACGUGAUGGCCAACAAGCCCAUCGAUGACAAGUUCUGGUCGCAUGUGGAGCGCAUGGCCAACUUGCUGUCCAGCGGCAUGUUUACGGCGGGAGACUACCGAAAGCAGCUAGAUGUAAAAGUUGCAGACCUUUUGCGAGACGGAGCACCACGGUCGGCAGCGGCGGGCGGAGAAGUAGGGGUUGGUGGGUCGCAGGUGGUGGAGACUCCUAGGCCCGCACAGAAAAAGGGCAAGCGCACGGCCAAGGAAGCGAGGGCGGCGACGAACACGAUGCACGGGAACAUCGUCAACUGCUGGGCCGCAGCAACAAACAAGCCGUGAAAAUAAAACACGAAACACGAGAUUUUUUGUGAGUGGUGGCGGCGCUUCUGGGGGGUCCGCCGACGCGGUCUCAAGUAAAUCUACAUUUUACAAUACAUCCCCUGUAGUUCUCUACUGGGUCAACGACAAAAUAUCGGGGAGAAUCCCUCCGUAGUGUCGUGUACUGUAAGAUGUAACCUUCACAGGGGACACGGCGCAGUGUCUAUUGGCAGCUUGCUGGUUUUAGGAAUUUAAGGAGAAAUAAAUAAUAUUGAUGUAAAAUCAUGGAAGAUGGAAAGAAGGCUACAGCAGUACAUCACUCGUUUUUCAAACCUAUAGAUUUUUGAAUUUCACGGGCAGUAGGUGUUUUACGCCGUUUUUUUAGCAACUACCAACAAAAA